GAUUCGAUAUUUCAUGUAAAAUAUUCAGAUUUCAGUUAUUAUUUUUGGAAUUAUUUGUGAAUUUUGUGAAGUACAAUUGAACAAUGACCGUGUCGCGAUUCCUGAACAGUCUCCUUAACCACCCUGGUUAAGUUAAUACCUGUCACGACAUCUGAAUUCACCGCUUACGAUGGGGAGUAGGAGCUCCAAAUCUACAGAGAAAGAGAUUCUGUCACAAGACCAGGAGGAAGAGGAAGAGCCUGAACGCGAGCAAUAUGUAGCUCCCAGAGGAACCUUCCCUAUGGGUAUAGGCCCCUACGCAAUUCUUGGUAAACCAAGGAAAAGGCCAGAAACGAAAAUAAAGAAGAGAAAAACUCCAAAGCCAGAAGCAGAAACUAUUGAAGAGCUUUUGAUAUCUGAUUCGGAAGUUGAGGAGGAAGAGGAAGAAGAGGACGAUACGGAACAAGAAAACAAUAUCAGACUUGAUCAGACGCCUAUUGAAACACCUAUGGCGACUCUUAAUGAUGAAUUGAACGAAGAAAACGACAGUGUCGACGACGAUGAUUCAGACAUUGAAUUUGGCAGUCAAUUCUCAGGAAUGAACAAGCUCGAAACAGGACCUGACAUUCUGUUUGUUAAACCUGAUACAAAUUUGCCCGCAAAGGAAAUAGUUGGACAAGGAAAGCACCAAUACGGUCAAUUUCCAAUGUCUUUUUCACCGGUUCAAAGCGAAGUCGACCUUCAUGCUGCGACUAUUGCGUCGGAGAUACGUGACACAAUGGAGUACUUGCCGGGUGAAGAUAAUACAGAUACUGGACUGAAUGCAUAUUUUGAAGCUCAAAUGACCAAAGACCAACCAACAAACAAGGAUGACGGUGGAUCGUUUCUUUCUGACUCAGAAGAGGAAGAGGACACUGCAUGGAUGGAAGAUGGCAGAACAAAUAAACAGUUGGGAUGAUGCUGCUGUUUUGUAAAUGAGGAAAAAACGUUUUAAUCCCUAUUAUUUUAGAGUUUUGGAAACAAAAUCAAAUUGAAAUAACCUAAAAGUAUGUGUGCUGUUAAUAGUAAUAGUUGUUAUCCUGUUGAAAGAGAUUAUUGAUAACCACUGGACACUUUUGGUCAAUAUGGUUCUGUCAGGAAAAAAAGGAGAAGAUAAAGCUGGAUAUCCUUAAACCAUUAAUUUGCAUGCACAUUUCUAUAAAAACAAGUAAUCAACGAUAGCUUAGCUUGCGUUUGACCUCACCAUAUCUCCAUUAUUUUACUCAUUUAGCCAUUGAUGCUCACCAUGGUAAUUAGUGUUGUAAAGUCUGGGUUAACACGCAACAGAAGCUGGACGUACAUGAUGAUUACCAAAAUUGGACAUUUUGAUGCAUGGAUACAAACCAAUUACACACUUCGGAAAUGACCAAUGUUUGCCGAUAUUCCAUUACAUGCCCUUGUUAAAUGAAUUAUCUACGACCUGCGUCAAUUUUUUAUGAGAUCAAAUACAAGUGUGUCACGUUCGUUAUUUUAGGAUGUGGUUUAUCGAAAUAUGUCCGGUGUCAGUUGAAACGGAUUAUCUGUCCUUUAGUUAAAUGCUCAUCUGAGGGCUUUAUAUCCGUCCAUUCGUCAAGUGAUUAUUUGUUCUUCAUUAACAUUAUGUUUAUGUUAAAAGCCAUCCCUGUACCUGUAUCUGUUUACCAAUAUAUGGACAUAUAGAAACACAUAUUGUUGUCUGGUAAAGCGAGUGUAUACAUGUACAUAUACCUCUCACGUCUAAUUUGAUACAUUCGAAUUGUUGUAGAAUAAAAAUAAAAUGCAUA